AUGCAGGAUGACCGAGGCCGAUUGAUUUUGCGCAUUGAUAAUGCAAGUCUUUCUGAUGCUGGAAACUACAGAUGUCAUGGCGAAGUGAAUGUGCAGGAUGCCUUCCUUAGCGUUCACCCCGUGGAACACUUCGCUGUUAAUCGUUCAAGCGGACUUCCCGCUGUUCCACUCCCAGCUGGAAUGAUCAAGUUUUUCAAAAUGUUUCCUUCCGAUCGCGCUAGUGAGGUUAUUCUAUUCUGCCCACUGACUCCAGCUCAACGAGUUCUUGCAUGGGAAUGGCGAGAACCCAUUCCACCGGAUUCAGAUCUUGCAGCUGUAUUACCCACAGAUGCGAUUCCUAGCAGGACCGUUUCUUUCAACGAAUCUGGCAUAUUUUCGAACGACAAUGUGGAAAUCGGACCUGACUUAGCUUGGGUUCGUAUCCUCGAUCCAUUUUCACCCGAGGCACCGAACAAACUUUGGUGCAAGUUUGAGAUGCAAGAUCUUUGGCACAACAAGAGGGGCCACCCUUCCUACUACGAAAUCCACUGGACCCUCUAUGAGCCAAUUAACGUCAAAGUUAAGCUGCACAACUCCUCCACAGAACCCCUCUUCUACGAUCAGGAGGCUCGUAAUGGCGGUUUUGGUGGUGGUAGUGGUAGCGUCGACUACUCUGCAGUCUACGGUAGUCUAGGAUUGGAGCGAGAGCGCUCCUCUCAUCGUGAACGCAUGGCUUUACUAGCAGAGCCGAAACCGCGCCUCAUUGAAGGCUACCCGGCACGUCUUGCUUGCCUCUAUCGUCCCAUUCAUGGUGGACAGAAUGUCGGCCGACCAGUGCAAAUAGCAGCAUGGUUUCGAGGCGAGGAUUUUCGUUCCAUUCCGCAACCACCGUUUCAUGUCAACAAUACACAGGAAGAGGGUGUCUCUUGGCUCACUGUCCGUGCGUUUCCCGUCUAUCCAUCGGAGGAGGGAGUCACUUCGUCCCUCGAGUUGGCCUCACAGGUGCCUUAUGAAAAGAUCACCUGUGUAGUUAACAGCCUUAUUGAUGAGGAGAACAACUAUACAGUCAAUUCCAAUGCCAGCCUCGUUUUGGAAGUGAUUCGGCAACCUCGGAUAGUGGAAAUUCAUAAGAUGUCGGCAGAAGUGUCUCUGGGUGAUUUUGUCAAAAUUACUUGUGUGGCACUCGCCAAUGGGAAGCCAAACAUUUCUAUUGACUUCAGUGCCACUGCUGGUAGGCGUCCAUGGGGCUCCAAUCUCGACAAUAGGCAGGAACAACAUCGAGAAUCUCUUGAAACCGGCAGUCCCGAAGACGUGCAGAUGGCUGGAUGGUAUCCUAUGGUGGAAUCCUAUCGCCUAAAGCUUUACCGUCCUCCUGUCGAUCCCACCAAACCAAUGCUUCACAAACUCGUGGUUGACAUUCGUGGAGCUCUACGCGACCACCACGGCACAUAUCGUUGCCGUGUAACCAAUGCGGCAGGUCAGGCACAGCACAUUGGUCACCUUCGUGUUCGCUCUGAGCCCAAGCUCACCAUCCAGCCGCAACAAUCGACCUACUUCCUCGCGCGUCAACCUUUGAGCAUUUCCUGCCUCGUCUCAGGCUACCCAUUGGCAGGUACUAACCUGUCCACCCUUCAGGCUGCCUCGUCCGUGGAUGAAACAGGGGCAUCGACGGCACCAGCACUGUCGGUGCUGGAGUCGAUUGAGGAGGAGCAGCGGGAGGAGGUGGAGGGUGCAACCACACAACAACAGCAGUUGCGGCAGCAACAACAGCAGAAAACAAAUCGAAUAUUGCAGGAGGCUGAAAGAGUUUCACCGGUGCGUCUGGUCGUUCUCAAGGCUAACCGACGCAGAGAGCCUCUGGUGUCGGUGAAACUGACGGAUCUGCGAAUGGGUGUCUACGAAGGGAUUAAUGCCACCUACUCCGUGCUGAUUAAUCACCGACCACAAGGUGAGAUUGUGGCAAGAUGCGAGUACGUCCACAUUGAUGGCUCCAUGGUCUCCGACGAGGUCCAAAUCAAACAGGCCACUCCGCCAGCUCCACCCAAGAUUGUGGCUUUGUGCUCUGGCCCUGGUGCUGUCAUUUUUGGUGUCACCAAUCCUCUCGUCUCGGCCGAGAACGAGGCCACCGAUAGGAUCGUCAAUCAGCGUGUCCUCUUCGCGCCGACUGCAGAAUUUCAUUCAGCCUCAAAUCUGGCCAGCAAGAUCAUUAUUCUGGACAAGAAUGGUCAACCACGCUCCGAAAAGACGGUAGAUGGAGACGAGGAGGAAAUUCAGGAAGCCCUUCUAGCCGGAGAGCUGGAUCAGCAACAACGGCAACAAGCUCAUCAAUCGGGUCAGCAGUCCUCGGAAAGACCCAAUCUCUCCACCAUUCCACUGACCAACCUUUUGCCAGGCACCAACUACACUUUUGAAUGGUCCUCAGCCAAUCAGUUCCACCUUACUACCACCAUUCAAUUCGUUACUGCCACGGCACCUCUAACUGCUCCCAGUAAACCCACGCAUUUUGUGUUUCUCGUUCCAACGGCAAGUUAUCUACGCAUCUCCGUCUUCCUCGACGAUCCUUGUCCCUACGAUAACGGGGGACGUGCAGAGUUGAACAACAUCCUCAUUCGCUACCGUAAGGCCGCGCAUCAAUUGGGUCAAGGCCACGGCGAGGUAAGGAAACUUCUGGGAUACGGAAAUUGGUCCAAGACGUUGGUAUGCUUCCAAAAUCAAAUGAAAGAUCCCACCGACUUUCAACUACAACAGCACCAAUCCAUAAAGUGGUCCGGAGACGCGGUGAUUCAAUGCGACGUGCAGGUGGAGGAUCCGCAUGCAGAUUUGGAGGUUGCUGUAGCUACAAUGAAUCGUUUUGGUGUCUCACCGUGGCUGUCAUCCAUUUACAGAGCCUCAGAGGCCCUUCAUGCUGCGUACUUCUACAGCACUGGUGCUAUGCAUCCCAUAAUUGCCUCAACAGCCACCGCCGUUGUUCUGGCUCUACAACUUUGUGUGUAA